UUUUUUUUUUUAAUAUUAGAGAUAACUUUAUGGUCCAAAUACAAUUUCACAACUAUUUUUUCCCCAGGUUUCUUAUUCAUGUUUACUAAAAGCAGCCUUCUUAAACCCUAGACCCACACACAUCGAUCUCCAGUUCUCCACUUCACUUGCUUCGUCUUCGUCACCCAAAAUCCCUCGCGCAACGCAUUGCACAUCACAGGUUUCAUCCGAUUGUUUUAUUAGAAGCUUUGUUUAUGAGCUGAGAUGGAGAAUAGUUCACAGUCUUCUGGUCCACAGUUUCGACCAAUGAUCCCAAAUCAGCAAGGACAACCAUUUCUUCCAUCAGCUUCGCAACAAUUUCAGCCAGUUGGACAGGGUAUGCCGCAUCCUAACUUAGGGAUGUCUGGUGUACAAAGUCAGCCAAUGCAUUUUUCUCAGCCUAUGCAACCGUACCCUCCUAGACCAGGUCAAGGUGGUCAUCCGAUGCCUUCAUCACAGGGUUUACCAAUGUCGUAUAUUCAAACAAGGCCUAUUGCACCUGGACCACCACAGACUCAGCAACCUGGUCCUCCUUUCAAUAAUCAGAUGCCUGGUGGUGCUGGGAUGCCUUUUUCAUCACCAUAUUCUUUUGCACCUUCUUUCGUCCAACCACAAAAUAAUGCCAACUCAAUGCCACAGUUCCAGUCAAUGCCUCAAAUGCAAGCACCCAUUCCAGGACAACCUUGGUUGCCCUCUGGAAGCCAGAGUGCUCCAGUUGCUACCUUAGUCCAGCAGACUGGCCAUCAACCUUCGGCUGCUUCUUCCACAGAUACUGCAAUGAAUAGCCUUACACAGCCUUCCUUAUCUGAUUGGCAAGAACAUUCAUCUACUGAUGGAAGGAGGUAUUAUUACAACAGAAGAACAAAACAGUCUGUUUGGGAUAAGCCUUUGGAAUUGAUGACACCGUUGGAGAGAGCUGAUGCAUCAACUGUUUGGAAGGAAUAUAGUUCUCCAGAUGGAAGAAAGUAUUAUUACAACAAGGUUACAAAGCAAUCUAAGUGGACAAUACCAGAGGAACUAAAGCUGGCUCGUGAGCUAGCUGAGAAAGAAGGUAGUCAUGGAUCUCAGUUGGAAACUAGUAUAAUCUCUCAUGGUUCUGCGGCUGCGGCUUCAGCUGAAACACCCCCGCCAGUUACUCCGGUGGCCUUAACUACCUCUUUUGCACUAACUGGGAUUGCAUUGAGCCCAGUUGCUGUUACACCUGUUGCUUCCUUGCCUAAUUCUUCAGUGGAUGUUUCUGGAUCUUCAGCCACCCCUACUUCACAGUCUACUGUAACAGGUAGUGUUGGAGUUCAUCCUCCUAUGGUAACUGCGGUUUCCUCGACUCCUGUAAUUUCAAGAAGUACAGGAGUUUCAUCUUUUUUGACCAAUGCCAAUGCUACACCAAUGAGCACAUAUGAGAAUCAAGCAUCACAAGAUAUUGCAAGUUCAGUGGAUGGAGCUUCUAUGCAGGAUAUUGAGGAUGCAAAAAAAGGCAUGGCAGUUGCUGGAAAAAUCAAUGUAACUCCUAUGGAGGAAAAAUUAGUUGAUGAAGAACCUUUGGUUUAUGCCAGUAAGCUGGAAGCAAAAAAUGCAUUCAAAUCACUUCUGGAGUCUACAAAUGUUCAGUCUGACUGGACUUGGGAGCAGACAAUGAGGGAAAUUGUCAAUGACAAAAGAUAUGGUGCUCUAAGAACUCUUGGUGAGCGGAAGCAAGCGUUUAAUGAGUACUUGGGUCAAAGAAAAAAGCUUGAGGCUGAAGAGAAGCGUACAAGGCAGAAAAAAGCCAGGGAAGAAUUCACAAAAAUGUUAGAGGAGUCUAAAGAACUCACGUCAUCGACCAGAUGGAGCAAAGCUGUCACUAUGUUUGAAAAUGAUGAACGCUUCAAGGCUGUUGACCGAGCUAGAGACAAAGAAGAUCUUUUUGAAAGCUAUAUUGUUGAACUUGAACGGAAGGAAAAAGAACAGGCUGCUGAAGAGCACCGGCAGAAUGUAGCAGAGUACAGAAGAUUUUUAGAAUCUUGUGAAUUUAUCAAGGUGAAUAGCCAGUGGCGAAAAGUUCAAGAUCGGUUAGAGGAUGAUGAGAGAUAUUUAUGUCUUGAGAAGCUUGAUCGCUUGCUCAUUUUCCAGGACUACAUCCGUGACUUGGAAAAGGAGGAAGAGGAGCAAAAGAAGAUUCAAAAGGACCAUCUGAGACGGGUUGAAAGAAAGAACCGCGAUGAGUUUCGCAAACUCAUGGAAGAGCAUAUUGUUACUGGAAUUCUUACUGCUAGAACUUAUUGGCGAGAUUACUGUUUAAAGGUUAAGGAUCUGUUACAGUAUCAAGCCAUUGCAUCAAAUACCUCUGGCUCGACACCAAAGGACUUGUUUGAGGAUGUUAUUGAUGAAUUAGAGAAACAUUAUCACGAAGAUAAAGCCCGGGUGAAAGAUGUACUGAAGCUGGGGAAGGUUUCGUUUGCUGCCACUUGGACAUUUGAUGACUUCAAGGAAGCAGUCUUGGAAGAGAUUGGCUCCCCUCUGGUGUCAGACAUCAACUUAAAGCUUGUAUUUGAGGAUUUAAUAGAUAGAGCUAAGGAGAAAGAGGAGAAAGAAACUAAAAAGCGUCAACGACUUGCUGAUGAUUUCACUAAGCUAUUAUACACAUUUAAGGAAAUAACCUCAACUUCUACUUGGGAGGAUUGUAAACAACUUUUUGAAGAGAGCCAGGAAUACAGAUCAAUUGGUGAAGAGAGCUUGACAAGGGAAAUUUUUGAGGAAUAUAUUACACACCUUCUGGAGAAGGCUAAAGAGAAAGAACGCAAGCGUGACGAAGAAAAAGCCAAAAAAGAGAAAGACAAGGAUGACAAAGAGAAAAGGAAGGAGAAGGAGCGAAAAGAGAAAGAUAGAGAUAAGGAGAAAAGCAAAGAACGGUCUAAGAAGGAUGAUACAGAUAGUGAGAAUAUGGACAUUAGUGAUAGUCAUGGUCAUAAAGAGGAGAAGAAAAAGGAAAAAGACAAAGACAGAAAACACCGGAAGCGGCAUCUAAGUGGUACAGAUGAGAUGGGGUCUGAUAAGGAUGAGAAGGAUGAUUCUAAGAAACGUAAACAUAGCAGUGACCGCAAAAAAUCAAGAAAACAUGCACAUUCACCUGAAACAGACAGUGAGAGUCGGCAUAAAAAGCAUAGGAGAGAGCAUAGGGAGGCCCGUAGAAAUGGUGGACACGAAGAGCUAGAAGACGGAGAGCUUGGGGAGGACGGAGAAAUCCCAUAGUUUGUUUUCUGUGAAAUAAUAAUGCUAACCUUCAUAUGCGUUGAUAAGGUACAUUUUAUCGCCUGCAUGCUAAGGGUAGAAGACGCAUUCACUUCAGAAAGUUGUGAUGGUUAUUAUGCAAGAAAACUGUCCCACAGAAGAUGUGCUGCUGCUGUUGAUUGUGAAAGUAGGACUAAUUUAAAUUGAAGCAAUUGUUUUGUUUGAAUGACUUGUACAAGUUAAAUUGGAUUUUCUUUUUGGGUCCCCAGAUUAGGAAGUCAACUUGUGUAUUAUGUAGGAAGAGAAGCGAUCUCCUUACAUGUUUAUGUAUCAAAAGUUACUUUUUUU